AUGAUGGGAAGCUGUCCCUGGAAGAGUUCCAGGCCUUUUUUUCUGAUGGGACACUCAACGAAGAAGAACUUGAGAAGCUCUUUCAUACCAUUGACUCGGACAACACCAACAAUGUGGACACCAAGGAGCUGUGCGACUAUUUUGCUGACCAUAUGGGAGACUACGAAGACGUCUUGGCCUCGCUGGAGUCGCUGAACCUCUCCAUCCUGAAGGCAAUGGACUACACCAAAAGGAUGUACCAGGAAGGGUCCAACGCUGAGAUUUAUAAAAGGAGGUUUUUUUUGAAGGAGACGGCGAACCAGACCCAGUCGCUGCUGAGCUCCGUGGAGAGUGCUGUGGAUGCCAUCGAUGAGCAAACCAACCCUGCCAGACACUACCCCAGCAAGGCUGGCCACGGUCUGAUGGACACCUGGUAUGACAGCCCUGUACCCAGCUACUCCCCCACCAGCCAGAUGGUGCCCAGGGAGCAUGGGAAGAGCUUCCAGACUGGGUCCCCCGACACCAAGGCGGAGGGGCUGGAGGGACAGAUCAACAGGCUGGCCGAGCUGAUCGGCAGGCUGGGGGGCAAGGGAAGAACUCUCUGGUUUGACCUACACCAGCGGCUGUCGGACAGCGAGAGCACGGCCUGCACGUACCUGCUCCUGGUGCGGGCUGAGAUGACGGUGGCGCACAAGCAUCUGGGCGAGUUUUGCAGCUCCCUCAAGCAGUACCUGAAGAGCGUGGCCGGGGAGCGGGACUGUUUCCAUGUCACCGCAGUGAAGCUGCCCGAUGGGGUCACCUUCAUCGUCUAUGAGUUCUGGGAGACCGAGGAGGACUGGAAGAGGCACCUGCAGAGCGCAACCUGCAAGGGCUUCCAGCACGUCAAGGUGGACACCCUCAGCCAGCCCGAGGCCAUCUCCAGCGUGGCCGUGCCAGCUGCCUGGUGCACCCUGAGCCGAGAGUGA